AUGGCCUCUCAAAACACCAGUCAAGAAACAAAGGAAAUCUAUGACAACAUUUCCUCCAAAUACGACCUCAUUCAAUAUCAUCCCAAUUACAAACACGUGACUAUUCCCACGUUUUUGAAACAUUUCAAAAGCACUCUACAAAGACUUUCCACCACCUCCACAAUUACUCCACACAACAAGAUCAAGUUAUUGAACUUGGCAUGUGGAUCAGGACAUGACAGUUUUUCAUUGUGGAAACAAUUUCAUUCUCAACUUGAAAUGAUUCUUGCAGUGGAUCUUUCUCCUGAAAUGAUCAACAUUGCAAAUCAAAGCAAACAACAAUUCAUGGAACAGGAAAACAUGACACAGUUGCCCAUUCAUUUUGUGGUUGGAGAUGUCUUGGAAUUGGACAAGAAUGAACAAGUCAAUCAAUUCACAGAAUUGUGCCCCUUAUGCACACCUUGUUUUGAUUUGGUGAGUGCUUGUUUCCUCCUUCAUUACUCGUCGAAUGUGGAAGAAUUGGAGAGAAUGUGUGAACAAAUAUCUCGAGUUUUGAAACCAGGAGGUUCUUUUGUCACACUGAAUACUGAUCCUUUCUUGAAUCAAGCUUUUGUCAGUGAACAGCAAAAAUCUUUUGGUUGCUUUAGAUCUCAAUUUCCAACGGCUGAGAAAGAACAUAGAAAAGUCAUGAAGGAUGGAGAUCGAUUCGAAUUCUCCAUUGAUUUGAAUUUCAAUGAAGAUAACAAACAGGAGGAUUAUGUGGUUAAGUUUUAUAAUCAAUAUUUCACUCCUGAAACGUAUGAAAAGGCAUUGAAGAAAGCAGGUUUUCACACUGUGAAAUUUCAUCGAGUGGAAAUGCUUGGCACACUGCAAAGAACUGAUUUGAAAGAUUUUGGAAAAGAAUUGGAAUUCAAUGGAAUGAUUUGCAUGGAGGCUCUAAAGUAA